UCUCGGUCUAUUACAUUAUAAUAUUAAGAAAGAGUGUUGUGAUAAUAAAUACGUGGUCAAGAUGAGAAGCUAUCAACGUUCGGUGGGACAAGACUUCUUACUUAAUGUAUCCCAAAGCAGCGUCAGUAGAUGCAUUAGAGAAGUUGCCAGUAUCAUGGACAAAUACUUGUUAACUAGAUACAUUAAGUUUCCAUCAACAGUUGAAGAAAAACAGGCUGUAAAGGAAAAAUUUUAUCAAGAGUUCAGAUUCCCUGGGGUCAUAGGAGCCAUUGACGGAUCGCAUAUUAAAUUAAAGACUCCAUCCAAAGACAUUGAACAUGUAUAUGUUUUCCGAAAAGGAGGACACUCAAUAAAUGUGCAAGUGGUAUGUGACAUGGAUUUAAGAAUACUUGACUGUGAUGCUCGUUUCGGCGGAACUGCUCACGAUGCAUCAGUUUGGAUAGCAAGUGCUUUGAAGGUUUUUCUUGACAAUAUGUACUCCAAUGGAGAACGAAAUUUUUGGCUUUUAGGUGACAGUGGAUAUCCUCAAUUACCUUAUUUAAUGACUCCUAUUCCGGGAAACAAUCUCUCAGAUUCUGAACAUAAUUACAACAGACAUCACCGGAAAGCAAAAAACUGUGUAGAACGCUGCUUUGGAGUGCUGAAAUCUAGAUUUCGAUGCCUGUCAAAAGAUAGAGUGCUUAUAUAUGACCAAGUUUUAGCCGGAAAAUGA